AUGAUGGCUGGAACAAACCGUCAGGGUGAAGUCAUUUUGGUGAUAGGUAAUACGAUUUCUAGCGAUUUUGGUUCGUACCAGAUAAAGGAGCUGAAGGGAGAAGGCGUCUUUGGACGCGUGGCCCGGUGCUCAGACCUGUCAACCAACAGAGAUGUGGCUUUGAAAAUCUCUAAAUUUAUGAAGCUCAGAGCAACCAGAUAUGAGGCCAAUAUUCUCCAUGAGCUGCUCAGUGUGAGUGAAGCCAAAAACAUAGUAACGUUUGUGACAUCUUUCGCUUACCAGAACCAAUACUGUCUGGUAAUGGAACUUUUAGAUCAGAGCUUGUCUGAGUUCAUGAAAAGUAGGGAGUUCAAACCAAUUCAUGUUUCAGACAUCCGCUACAUCGCUGAGCAGCUCCUGGUAGCAUUUAAAGAACUGAGCAAGAGGGGACUGGUUCACGCAGAUCUCAAACCAAGCAAUGUAAUGCUGGUUGACCACAAGCGUGAACCGUUCAGAAUCAAGCUCAUCGAUUUUGGGCUGACUAAGAGGGUGAAGAGCUUAGUUCCUGGUGUUAUCAUGCAGCCGCUUGGAUACCGGGCCCCAGAAGUAAGUUUGGGAUCUGAACUGAACCAGACAGUUGAUAUGUGGAGUCUUGGCUGUGUGCUGGCAUUCUUAUACCUCGGCCAGAAUCUGUUUCCUUGUCAUUGUGAAUACGAAAUGGUUAGGAUAAUUACACAGAUCCGAGGCUUACCCGAUCCCGAACAACUUGAAAAGGGCUUGUUUACACAUCUCUACUUAAGGAAAUCUGAUGAUCGCUAUGAGAUGUGCCCACAAGAGGACUACAGUGCCAAAUUAGGCAAGAAUGUCAAACCCUGCAAGAACUGGUCUAAAAACUUCACGUGUUUGGAGGACAUGAUGGAGUUCCACCCUAAACCAGUCCUUCAACUAGAGAAGCUGAAGACUAUGCACUUUUUUGAUCUUUUGAAACUGAUUUUCGAGGUAAAUCCAGCAAAAAGGAUCACCCCGGAAAAAGCGCUGAAACACUCUUUUAUUAAACAGGAGGCCGCUCGUAAAAUGGCAAUCAAGAGAUACCUUCAAUCCGUUGACUGGUUUCUUUCUUCAGAAGAUGAAGACACAUUCUCGGAUUCAAGUUCUGAGGAUCAAUUUUCCACUGCUGGGACUAGCAACAACAACAUUAGGAAGUUUAGCAAGAAUAAGUCCAGUGGAAAGUCCAAAGCUGCGUUCGUCAGUGACUCUGAAGAUGAGACCACUGCAGAAACCACCAGGAACAAGAAAUUAUGUGAAAAGUCCCACCCUUCAGUUGUUGGCAGAAUGUAUUUCAGUUCUUCUUCGUCGGGCUCUGAGGAUGAGUGUGACAGUUGUCCAACAGUCAAUCAACUCAUCCAAAAGCUCACAGAAAGUGGCAAACCUGUUACACAAACUGAAUUGGGCAGAAAAACAACUGUACAGAGCAGUGAUGACAGCCGGAGACGAGAGGCAGCUAAGCUUCUGUCACAGUCCUCAUUGAAGAUGAUAGAGUGGAGCCUGGAGGAAGAUGGAGAAAGGCGAGUGGGGCGCAUGCUCGGUGUGGGGGUGCCGUCUGUACCAUGUGACCUGCUCUCAGACCUGCUCCUCGCUGCGACGUGA